CCUCUCGAAUUUAUUCGGCGCCGUUUCAUUUUUAACGGGAGUGGAAAGGUUAUUACUGAAGUAAACGUCAAAAGUAAAUAAAAAACAAAUCGAAUGGAAGAAGUAUAUUAGCGAAAGUAAAUAAUGUUUAGGUCAAAAUAUUGUGCAAACAAAUCGUAUAUUUUCUAGAUUAUAACUCGGAAUGGUGUAGGAAGAAGAAUUUCACCUAAAAUCAGAACAUCAUGAAUCUUGGAGGCUCAAUUCGUAUUAAUAAGUUCGGUGUAUUUAUCAUAGCAAUAGCGUUGGUAGGAUUUGUGUAUUAUUUAUCGUUUGGAAAGUCCCACAGUAGUAACUAUACCCUGAACAAAAAUCCCAACGAAAUAAAUUUGCGCAAGCUUCUAAUUGGAUCUAUACAGGCAGCGCAGCGGGGCGGCUUCGAAGUUGUAGAGGUGUCCAAAAGCGCGGAUUUUAGGGUUCAAAGUAAAGGCAAAACAAAAGAAGGUGCAAAUGAUCCAGUAACAGAUGCUGAUUUCCGUUCUCAUUGUGUUAUGGCUGAUGGUUUACAUCGAAUCUUUCCAAAGUUGAAAAUCGUCUCCGAGGAAGAUGGACAAAAACGAAUGUGUCCUGAUGUUAAAUUUUUCGAUCUGGAUCCAACAGUGAUACAUGAAAAUUCGAACGUACCCGAUGAUAUUGUGGACAUCAAUGAUGUAACUGUUUGGAUAGAUCCACUGGAUGCAACACAAGAGUAUACAGAAAAUUUAAUCCAAUACGUGACAACGAUGGUUUGUGUCGCUAUAAAAGGCAUUCCUGCGAUUGGAGUGAUCCACAGCCCAUUCACUAGGAAAACCGUUUGGGCUUGGGUGGAUAAGGCUAUUUCAGAACCAAUGGACCUCUUGAAAAGGGACGAAGAUGUCAAACAUCCUGUUAUUAUCGUUUCUCGAUCCCAUAGUGGCGAGGUAAAAAACAUUGCUAAAGAGGUUUUUGGUGCAAAUUCGCACAUCAUUCCAGCGGGAGGAGCAGGAUACAAGGUACUUCAGGUACUGUACAACAACGCCACGGCCUAUAUCCACUCGACUGCAAUAAAAAAAUGGGACAUCUGUGCGGGAAGUGCGAUCCUUGCAGCAGUAGGUGGCAAAAUGACGAACUUGAAAAAUCAGGAUAUAUCGUACACUGACAAGGAUUCGUUUGUCAAUGAAAAUGGGUUGUUAGCAACUGCUGCAGAGAGUAUUCACGAGCUGUAUAUUGCAAAAAUAAUUGAGCAAAAGCUAUUAAUUUAGAAUGCGUAUCCAACCUGUUUCUUGAAAACACACUGGGAUUUUUUUUUCCUAAAUUGGGUUUUGUUUGUGAUCACGUCAAAAAGUUCCUCAUUUUCUCUAUUUGAAGAAAGUAAUAUGUCAACUACAAAGUGAAGGUGUAAUUUCAAAUCUUCAAAUAUAAUAAAUUGCAUAUGUAUUGACAAUCUCAUUGAAAAA